GUAUUCAGCUUUGAGGAUAGUGUGGUUAUGGUCCAAUGCCACUACAAACUUUCAUCCGCAAUUUUAAGACAACGCCAUGAAGAACAUUAUCUAAGAAGAGAAGCAGAAAUUCAUAUUAGCAUUUUUUAUAGAUUUUUCUGCUGGAAAAUAAAUAAAGAUAAUAACUGUGCAUUGACGUUAACUUUAGACCACUACACAAAAACGCUAGAACGAUUUUGAUUGAAGUUAAGGUCGUUGAGCAUGUACUUCUUACAGUUGUUCCUGCUUCUAUUUACUUCUGUUUCCAACACGCUAUCUUAUUUAUCAUCAGCUGACCUGGUUGAUAUAAAAGCACAUGACCAUAGGCUUUUGACGAAGAUACUCGCUGCAAGACAAUUACAAGACCUGUUUGAUAACGAUAAAAACACACAUGGGCUUUUCCAUGCUCAAUUAAAUCAAAAGGUUUAUCUGAUCGUUGAUCUUGGCGGAUUAUAUCAAGUCAGUUCAGUGGAGAUCACUUCUGAUCAACCCGAAAAUCUUAAACAAACUAUAAGCAUUGGUUAUGGAUUCGAUAGAAACACAACAAGUUUAUUUGGAUCUUUGUACAAUUGUACAUAUCAACAAUCUUCUACUCUGUGCAUACCUGCUUGUAGCGAAUAUGACAAUUCACGGGCCGGUUUUGUUGGGAAUAGUUUGCUAUGGAGUUUUCAGUCAGACACAGAGGGAUGGACUAGGAUUUAUGAUUUGAUCAUACGCGGUACUCCAUUCGAUGAAAAACGCAACAUGAAGAAUAAUCUUGAUGAUAUUACAUUGUUUAAGCCAUAUGUCGAUCAUCUAGUUCCUACGGAAUCUAUGGAAUCAUGUAAUGGAUUAUUAUGGCAUUUGAAUGACGAAAGUAAUGUGACAGAAGGUUCUGCACCAGUAGCUACUGAUGAUCGUAAUGUUACAAUUUACUUUGGAAAAACAUAUUCAGUAACAAGUGUACACUUUGUAACAUCAAAACAAGAUGAUAUGCCACACGAGUAUACAUUACAUUUCAGUGGUAUGGAAUCAUUGACGAAAAUAAUUAAUCUUCAAAAUGAUUGUACAUCGACAGCUAGUUCUGAUAAUGGUGGUGCCAAUUUUAAAGAAUAUAAUUGUCCAACUACAGAUUUAGAAAGUUAUACAUUUGAUUACGUUACGGUGAAUGUAAAAGGUCUUUACAAGUUACAUGUUUAUGGAUUACCAUUCCAUUAUCCUAAAAUUCAAAUAAUUCCAUCGAAAGAAGACGAUAAAACAAUUAUGGUUGAUAAAAAUAUAUUACAAAUUAGUUGUAUUGCACAGUCAUGUAAUUCAGCAUCAAAUGUUUUACUUGAUGCCGAUGAUAGGUAUCGUCGAUCCAGAAGUAGUGAUACAUCAUCAUGUCCUAUGAAUGGUCAUAUUAUACGAUGUGAAUAUCUUAAUCUGUUUCGUUUAUCAACAUCGUCAUCAUCAAAUAAUGAUAAUGAUAAUAAUAAUCAGAAAAUACAGUUAACAAAUCAAGGCAUAAUCAAUACAGAGUUCAGCGAAAUUAUGACAGAAUUAAAAAUAAUGCAAUCUAAUGCUGAGAAAUUAGUUGUCACCAUGCCAAGAACUCAUCAAUAUUACAGUCAGUACCAGUGCAGUUGCCAAGCUACCGACAAUAAGAAAUCACAACUUUUCUCGCUAUCUACAAAUCUUAAACCAACAGAUUUCGAUCAAGAUUUUAUAUUUCAAACAAAUUACACGACAACAUUUGCUGAACAAAUAAUUGAAUCACAUGUAGGAUUCAUUGAAUUACCAGAGAAUGAACAUGAAAGUUACUUCAAAUUCAAUAUUAUUGGUUACAGUUUGUUAAAAGAUGUACAAAUUGGUGUGGUAUUUGUAGAAGGUGGACAAGCAGGAAGUAGAACAAAUGCAAAUAUAGAAGAGACAAGUGUUCAAGCGUUUCCAGGCAUUAAUGUUGGUUCUGAUGUAUGGUCUAUACCUGUUUAUAAAUAUGAACUACAAGAUGUUUGGCCAGAUUCUGUCGAUAAUAGCGUGAUCUCAGUUACAUGGAGUAUUCCAAAAGCUUUAUCAGCUACAAAAUCACCAUCUGUGAUUAGAGAUGUUUUUCGGGCAUUGAUUAUUACGUCAAGUGGGGUGAAUACAGUUCGUGGAUGGGUUUGGCAAAGAGAUUCACAUUUAUUAGAUAUUAGAGCUUACCAUCAAUUAGACGAAAAUAAUGUCGAUAGUCAGUUGAAGCUAUUAACCUUACAACGUUCUGGUUGUUCCUCCAGUGAGACCGAAGAUGAAGUUGUUGCCAGUGUUCAAAUUAAAGACGGACAAUGUAGUACAGAUAAUAAUGACAUUAUUACAUGUACACGUACAAUUCAUGGUCAAAUAAUUCAAUUUAAGUUAAACAAUCCAUCUACAUCGGAUGUUUAUAAAUUAUACAUGAAAUCUGUUGAGGUUGAGGAUAAUGUUGAAUCAGCUCCUAGUACUGAAUUAGCCACCUCUGGAUCACUUGGUGAAACAGUUAAAGAAGAUAUUAAGGAUGCUGGAUUAAGUUUAACUGUUGAAGGCAUUCAUCAUAAUUAUGAGACACAAGAAACUGAAUUAGAUGUCGCCGUUCAUAUUGCUUCAAAAGUGAUCUCCGACAAUGUUGCUUGUAGACCAACUUAUCUACUUCUAGAAUUUAUUGAACCGAAAAUUGAAACACUAAAGUCCCGAGUAUCCAGUAAACAAACAAUAUUUCGAAUUAAACUGCCAAGCAAUCAGAAACAAAUAAAUUUAGAAAUGCAAUUGUCAAUUGGUUCGGCGGAUCCUACACAAUCUGAAGCCACUACAAAUCAAUCGAUUUCAUUCCAGAAUCCAUUUUACAUUCCUACUGAUAUUACAGUUGAUGCGGAAAAUCAAUUAAUGCAAUGGUUUGGGCUGCCAAUAAUUUUCAGUAAUCUCCUUCAUCAUUAUGAAACUAAAUUAUCUGGUCUACCAAAAGCAUGUGAACAGGCCAGUGAAUUUAAUUUACCAAUUACACAACAAGAAAUCGAUAAUGGGACAAUUUACAGAGUUAAUUUAAAAAAUAUACCUGAUCCAACUAUCACAAAAAAUGGAUUGGCUAUUGAUUAUACUUUUAAAGUAACACCGGUAUUUAAGGGCAUAGAGGGGAAAUCCAUCACAAUGGGGACUUCAUCUGACAUUAAGUUUUCAAUAGGUCGAAUGGGUCAAACUGAUCUUAAAGCGCCCACAUCCGGUCGAUAUUAUUCACUACAAGUACAAGUUAGACCAAGUCAAAUGCCAAGCUGUCUUAAUUUAGAAACACUGAAUACUCAGUUCACAUUAAGAGUAAUUGGUGAAGUGAAUGAAUAUCCAGAUUAUAUAAAACAGGUGAAUUAUGUACCGAUUACAAUGAAAACAACUGAACCAUUAAGUGAUAAAAAUAAUCAUGUGAAAUUAUAUAAAAUUGAAAAUUUACUACCUGGCCGGCGUUACGAACUUCAAGCGGAAGUUAUUUAUACAGAAGAUUUCAGAGAUAAAAUUUCCGAACCUGUCCGUUUUUGGAUAGAAGAUGAAGUACAUGUACAAACUGAAGAAGUGUUUAUAUCACCAGGUGAACGUGUAGUUAUCAACUGUACCGGAUCGGUUGGACCAAAUGAUACAUCACAAAAAAAUUUAGAAUGGAAGUUAUUUGAUGGUGGUCGUUUACCAGAUGGUAGUCGUUCAUUAAAAACACAAGAAGCACAAUCUGGACCAUUAUGGUAUGCAAUGGAAUCGUUAAUAUUUGAUCCUGUCAAUAAACAACAUGGUGGCGUUUAUGCUUGUUUCAUAAGGCCAUCAAUAUCGGAGCUAAUGAAUAAACCAGCAAUAUUGCAUAAGGUCACUGUGACUGUUAGUGAUUUGGAAAUUGAUAUUAAUUCAAAAAUUAUUGAAUUCGGUGAGAAAAUUAUAAUCACAUGUCGUACAGCUAGUCCUGGACAGUUGGAUUGGAUGUUACCAUCUGGUGAGAAAAUUGAAAUCACGAAUGAAAUGAAAUCAGACGAUGAUAAUGAUCAACCAUACACUAUAAAAGAUGAAAACGACGAUGUAAAAUUGUCAAUUAAAUUAAUUAUACCAAAAGUUAAUUUGAAUAAAGUUGGCAAAUAUACAUGUUUGCAUUCACCAUCAAACAAUAAACAAACAUUUAAUUUGAAAAUGAAAGAAGUUAUUAAUUUGAUCAAAUCCCCUGAAAGUUCUGAUAAACCUGGAAAAACUCUUAUUCUUGAUUGUACUGCAAAUUUGGGUGAUUUACAUCAAUCAGUUGUUUGGUAUAAACGACCAAGUUCAAAUUCACCAUGGUUAGAAAUCACUGAAGCAAUACAGACUAUUGAACAUAUUACUAUACAACAAAAGAAUCCUGAAGAAACAUCAUCAUCAGGUGUUUGGUUGUCAGAAUUAAAAGCAAAAAAUUCACCUGGAAUUAUUGGUGAAUUUAUGUGCGCAAUACAAAAUAUUCAGACAGCAAUGAAUAUUGACCGAAUGGAAACUGGCAGUGUAAUGACGAAUGAUUUUUCUAAAAUUACACAUGCAACCAUUAAAAUAUCAUUGAAAUCUGUUUUGAAAAUACUUACUCCAAUAAAAUUGGAAAACGGUCAGAUUAAUGUACAUUGUCAAGGAUAUCCAGCACAUUCUAAAGAUCGCUUACAAUGGGUUUACAUUCCAUUGAAUACUGAUAAUAAUCCAGAUAAAGUUAUUACGAUUGUACAUUCCAAUCCAAAAGAUGAAGAAAAUGAACAUGAAACUGAUGGGAAUACAAAGUCAUUGGAAGGAAAAGUUAGAACAGAAAUUGAUGAAAUCGUCAGUUUAGCAUUUCAAUUAACUGAUAGUAUACCAGCGACUUGGCCAGGUUCAACCGGACCUCAGCAACUUGUACAAUCAGAACUGAUUGAACAAGAACAUCAACCAAAACAGAUGUAUACUGCAGAACGUUUAAGUUUAACAUUUGAUAGUAAAUAUGCAGAAAAAGUUGCAGGUGGUAUUUUAUCAUGUCGCUACAUAAGACCAAAAGGAAUUCUUCCAAUGGAUUCAGAUGAAGCAGCAGAAUCAUUAACGAAAGUUAUCAUUCCUGAAACUAACGACGAUGAUGACGAAAUAAUUGAGAAGAGUGAAAUUCCCAUGAAAGAAUUAUUGGAUGCAAAACAAGGUGAUGACAAUGACAAUUUAUCAAUUCUAAAAAGUUCUCUCGAUGAGGAACCAGAUGACCUACAAUCAGAUGACAAUAGAAAUAAUACAGAGAAGAAAUCAAUUUCAAUGUUACUCUACAUGAAUAUUGUGGCUUUAUUGAUUAUUUUUAUGCGUAAUUAAAAAUUUCCGGCUAAUUUAAAGCCAAAAACGAAUGGAAAGAUUUUUUAAGAAGGAAAUUGAUCACAUCACAGUAGUCAAAGCAUAAACAGUUACUAUUAUUAUUGUUAUGGUUACCAUUAUUAUUAAUUUAGCUUCAACGCAUCUUUUCUUUCGGCUCCUUCUGUUAUGUUCCUUUUGGUUGAUUAUUGUUCUCGUUGCCAUUUGUGUUACUGUGCUUUUUCUUGUCUUCGUUAUUUUACUAAACUGUAUUCUCGACCGACUCUAUUACUCACUACCAUAUAAAUAUAUACACGAAGAGAAUUUAUUUGAGUGUAAGUAGUUGAAUAGAUAUUAGAUAGGCGUCAUUCUUUAUGUCUCUUCUAGUUAUUUUUAGUGGUUCCAGGCCGAAUUUAUUUUAUUAAAAUAAUCUAUUCAUAGUCUUUAGUUGAAUAUCGAAUUUUAUUGCUUAAACACUCAUUUGUUCCUAUUGUUUCAUCCUUUUUUAUUUGAAACUAUCAUCUCGAUUGUGCUACGUCCACUUCCCCUCCCAUACAUACCUCAAAUCCUUGAUAAGAUUAUAUGCUUAAUCUUGGUUCUUUUUUUCGCGGUUUCCAUUAGUUGAAUAGAUUCAUUAAAGUUAUGUAUUUUCCAGAAAAAAAAACAAUUUGCUUCCCUUGUAUUAUAAAAUGUCAUUUUACAGUACAAUUUUUAUAGUUGAUUGCGAUUUCUUUCAAUUAAUAUUUAUUUGUUUAUCCAUUUAUUUUAUUUCCUACUGCUCCAUUUUAGCCUAGAAAAUAAUUAGCAUUCCGUGUCAUGAAUAGAGUGUUAUCUUAUUAGACAGAUAGAUAGGUCAGUAAGAUAAAUGGUUAUAUAUAUUUCGAUAAAAACACCUCUUUGCGCUUGCAUCAUUGCUGUUUGCUUAUUCCACGAAUCAAUGUUUUGUCUUAAAAUUUUCUUAUCUAACAUGACGUAUUUAUCUGUUGCUUGUUGUUUAUGUGAAUCAAUAAACAAAAAAACAUGAUCCAUGAAAAGAUUAAAUUGUGUCGACUGUUCUUCAUAUUAUUAUCACCAUCAAAUAAUCCUUUAAAUGUUGUUACCAUCACAUCCUCCCUGUUCAUUAGUGUUCGCUGUUAAAAAUAUUUGUGCAAAUAUUUACAUACCAGAGCUCAUAAAACCACUACUAUUAUUAUUGUUAUUAUAAUCGUUACGAUUCUCAGUUGUGCCAUUAAUAAGAAUAAAUAGCCUACACCAUUCUUUUUUGAUCGCUCUUUUGUCGUUGUUUUUUAUUAUAAUUACACCUGUUUUGCUGUAUUUUGGAAAUCGGAACACCAAAAGAAUCAUGCAAGAGAAGUACAACUUAACAAUAAAUUAAUCUUAUCACCCUUUUAAUUUAUCGCUGGCUAUUUUCUUUCUUUCCAGUGGGUAAUCUUUUUUCUGAUUAAGUCAACGAACGAUGAUGCAUUAUAUCAUUUUGUCAUUUAUUUUUUAUGUGAAUAUAUCCGCUGGCGUAGAG